AUGUCACAUGUUGUCAGCAUGCUCUCCUCUGGGCUACUUAUUUCGCUCCCUCCCCUCUCUUCCUCUUCAUCCUUUCUCUACCUUAUUCCCAUCUGCAUACAGCUUCCCUCUUUUACCUCUUCUAUCACUUUCAUCUAUAUCCAUCUCUAUCACCUUUUAUACACAUACAGUGUAUCUAUAUACAGUUCCCUCUGUUCCAGUCUAUAUCGGCUAGUUCCAAGAGCAUAUAUGCGCAUGGACGUGCGUAUAUCCUGUGGACAGAAGGGAGGAUGUCGUAUAAAGAAUACAGCGAUUCGGCUCUGCACUCAAAUGGGUAGACUCAGGAACCACUGCUCGGGAAGUCUGAUGGGUAAUCCGUCUCUUAUGGAUUCUAGUCGUCGGUUCCCUCCGUCACACGGGGUGGGGGUCUAUUUCAUGGAUGAUUAA